AUGGGGGAACUUGCCCACUUUGUCGAUCGUGGUUCUGCCAAACUUGAGGCCUCCAUUCUGGGCAUGAUUCAGACUGUCCUGACUGAUGUUGUGACACCAUUGAGCGCUACCAUUGAUGGCCUUGCGGCUAGGAUAGCUGUGUGUGAGUGUGGCCAAGGGGCCACCGAAGAAGUGACGGCUUUAAAGUCCGCAAUUGAUGCACUAAGGAGUGAUGUGGAUCAGCUGAAGUCCACCUACAUGUCCAUGAUUUUCGGGAUGCUGGAGAUUCAAGAUGUGAUAGAGAUGCCUCCGUCCACCACCGGAGAAGAGGUUAGAGUUGAGGAGACAACUGAUCCAGAGUCCGAAGUUGAGACGGGUGAGGAGAUGCUUGAGGUUGUUGAGGAGGCUUCGUAUGAGGGACCUACUGACAUGGAGGAGGCCAUGUAG